AUGGCUCCUAGUCUGGGGUUUGUUCGUCUGGAUUAUAAAUUUACCAAUGAUCCCAUACUAGGGGGAUACAACCACUUUAUUCAUUUCACACGCUUCAUUCACACAGUGAGUUACCCAUUUACUACUCUGUUCUACCAUUUUACGAGCUUUGUUAGACAUCCUGCAGUGGCGACUAUCUUAGUUCUCAUCGUACGUACCGGACAGCUAUCUGUGCUCUACUACCUCCUACAUAGUCAUUUUCUCCUAUACCAAGGAGAUACAACCACUGUCUUCUCUGAUCCCGUUUUCAGACCACAUAGUGUCUCUGUCCUUAACGGGCUACUAUACGACUUUUACAAACUUGUCAAAAAGGUUAUCGCUCUGAUAUAUCAAAAGCAAGUAUCCACUGUGUCAGAAUCCGCAACUAUGAUGAGCCGCAAGUCCUCCCACACUGUCACUAUGACCAAGCCCCGCCGCAUUACUUUGUUGGAAACCUCUAACCCUAAGCCUUCCAGUGCUAAGACUACGGAAGGAAACUUGACCUAUGCAGAGCGCCUCAAUAUUUAUAUGAACCACCCUUGGGGACUGGUUGACUACCAUAUGUACCUCACACACAUUGAAAGUCGUAGAGAUGAGAUCAACCGCUCGAAGGAGUGCCAUCUCCUUGAGACUGGUGGAUUUACCCAGGUAACACUCACCGAAGAGCUAACCUCCGAGAAGAUUCCCACAGGCACGAACCCAACAAUAGUAUUUGUGAGUCUCCCCGUCCCUAAGGUAGGCAACAGAUUCGACAACACCAAGCUGGUGCUAGGCUUCGAUCUGGCAACCUUCAAUCUGCAAGGUUAUCUCGUCGAGUCUGAGACCCCACUCGAUGACUACAAGGACCUCCAUAAGGCAUGGAACAAGGGUCGGCUAAUGAUCGAUAUGCACGCUCACAAACUCCUGGGUAUUGUGGACCACACCAUGCAGAAUGAGACUGAGGUUCUUGAGACCGGCAUGCUACGCCACUAUGGCGAGAAUAAGCUUGAGUUUCAUGCUGGGUUUGAUAUGGUCAUUGUCAUUCAGUUCCUGCAGUUCUUGGAUGACCAUGCCGAUCUUCUCUUCGAGGAUGGCGAGUGGUUCCGUGAGAAGUAUACACAUUUCCAGGAUGAUAUGCGCGAGAUUAUUGCUGCUAGCUCGCGUAGCUCGUGGUUUGCUGCUAACGAUGGGUUGGCUGUUGGGCAGUAUCGCCAGAAGGAGAUUAAGAAUGUCGUUGUUUCUGGUCUGUUCUAUAGCCAGACUGUUGACAGCUUGGAGCAACCUGUUUCCAAUAAACAGGCUUUGGAGGCCAUCAAGGCUGUUCCAUAUGAUGCUGAAAGGGUUUCUAAGCUGAGUGCUCAUGCCAAACUUAUCGAUAUGGGAGCCUGGCUUGCUUGA